UGACCUGACGCAGUCAAGUCUUGAGUAUUGUCGUCCUCAUCCCUAAUGUUUGCAGCCGAUCUUUAGGCAAGUUGAACCGAAGGAUCCAAGACCUUCAACAAGCGGCCGGUGCAAAAGAAUCCUUUUGCUCGCGAAGGCUGGCUCGUUGGCUCUGGAUGGACCGGACAGUAGCCCACAAUUUGUGCUCCUCUUUGACAAACAAACAGAAUUCAAAAUGAAGACCGCCAUCAUCGCAUCCCUUAUUGCCUCUGCUGCUGCCUUUGCUCCUGCCAAGGAUGCUGCCCGCAGCACCGCCUUGAACAUGGCCUUCGAGGAUGAACUUGGUGCCCAAGCUCCUCUUGGAUUCUUCGAUCCCCUUGGCAUGGUUGCUGAUGGAGACCAAGAGAAGUUCGACCGCCUUCGUUAUGUUGAGAUUAAGCACGGACGUAUCUGUAUGCUUGGAGUUGUUGGAUACCUUCUCAACGCCGCCGGAGUCUACCUUCCCGGUGACAUUGACUACUCCGGAACCAAGUUCUCCGACCUCGGAUACGGAUGGGAUGCUUCUUUCGCUGUCCCUGUUGCCGGCGCCCUCCAAGUCUUGGCCUUUGUUGGCCUUUUGGAGCUUGCCGUCAUGAAGGACAUCACUGGAGGAGAAUUCCCAGGUGACUUCCGUAACGGAGCCCUUGACUUCGGAUGGGACAGCUUUGAUGAGGAGACCAAGCUCACAAAGCGUGCUGUUGAGUUGAACCAGGGACGUGCCGCACAAAUGGGUCUUUUGGGACUUAUGGUCCACGACAAGCUUGGAAAUGUUGAGGACUUCUUCCCCAACUAAGCUGUUGAUACUGCCCCCAUUGAGAUUUCGGUUGGAGUGUUGAAAGAGCUUUAACAAUUAGUCGACAUCAAAACCCC